AUGUUUCGUCGCCUAGCAACUACAUUAGCUAUUUCUACCGCCGUUGUCAUGUCACAAAAACCAGUCUUUGCUCAAGGAAAAGAACACCAUGACGGAAAAGGGUUUAAAAACCCUUGGCCUUCUUUUGUUAGUUACGGGUUUCUGGACGCUUUUAAAAUGUUUACUACGGCAGAUACAUCCAUCUUGAGUGCCAAGCCUGUAGACAAGCCUGAAACUGUCGAGAUUAAUUGGAACCUGAUAAAGCAAAAGGACGAUCAUAUUCAUGCUACUUGGCUCGGGCAUGCAUGCAUGUUCUUACAAAUCAAGGGCUUUAAUGUGCUUCUGGAUCCUAUCUUUUCAGACAGUUAUGAUCAUUUGGAUGUAGAUACGGUGAACCAACUCGCCAAGCUUUAUCCCGAGUGUAAAUUCUACGUGCCGCUCGGAAACAAGUCCUGGUUUAAAUUACCUGAGGAUCGUGUGAUUGAAUUAGACUGGUGGGAGACAGCUACGCUUCAAAACAGUACAACACAACUCACCAUGACGUGUACUCCCUGUCAGCAUUUUUCUGGAAGAGGCUUGUUUGAUAGAAACAAGACCUUAUGGGCAUCCUGGUGUAUACAGGCCCAAAAGGAUGGUGGAGUACAGAAAGUGUUUUUUGGAGGUGAUACAGGAUAUCGCGCAGUGCCAGCGGACACAAAACCUGAAUUCCAAUAUGAUACGCAGUAUUUGGAUACGUUGCCUCACUGUCCUGCAUUUAAAGAAAUUGGAGAAAAGAUGGGUCCUUUUGAUUUAGCGUUUAUUCCUAUCGGAGCUUAUUCUCCACGAUGGUUCAUGUCACCUAUCCAUUGUUCACCUGAAGAUGCAGUGGAAUUGCAUUGUGACAUCAAGAGCAAGCAGUCGGUAAAGUGUUAUUGA